CGGAAUUAAUAUGUAAACUUACAAUUUUGCCCUGUAUAAUCGAAAUUUACCAACUCCUCUGUCCAAUCCGCUAGCGGCCACCGUACUAGCAGCUCUCCAAACCUGUCACUUUCGUGGGGUCGCCUAUCUGGACAACUCAUCCCACUCCCGCCACACCACAGCAGGAGCAAGUCAUUCCUCCCUCGCGACCUCGAUUCGCCGACAUCCAAAAUGCCGUACCUCCCCACAGCCCAGGAGUGGCUCACUCAAUCCGCUCUCCUCCUCCAGGCGCGUCCCACAACCUCCCGCAUAACGACAAAAUACACCGUCAAACCCUCCACGCGCCGCACAACCGCUGAAACCGCCGCCCCUGCCCCCGUGGCUUUCCUGACACUCAAAACUUACGACCCGGCGUCAGGCACAACCCUCAAAUACCGCACCGACAAAGCCGCAGAGGUUGGACGUCUCGUGCUCUCCCUAUCCCGGCUUGGACGCGAGAUGGCGGGCUUGCCGGAGCUGAAGGAGGAGGAUAUUAAGAUGGAGGGGGCGGGGGAUGCGGUUGCUGCAGCUGCGGCGCCAGUGCCUGAGAAGGCUGGGGCGCAGCCGGGUGGAGCGAAGAAGGGGAAGAAGAAGGGGAGGAAGUGAGGGGUGGAGCUGGAUGG